CGAUUAUCUUCUCGCAAGUUGAACUCUGAAAUCGAGUACAAUGUCGGAAUACACCCCCCAAGACAUCGCAUCUCACAAGUCCAGAGAUGACCUGUGGAUCGCCAUACACGGAAAGGUAUACAACAUAACCCCCUACAUCCGCGACCACCCCGGCGGCGUAGACGUCCUCCUCGACACAGCCGGCACCGACGCAACAGAAGCAUACGACGAAGUCGGCCAUUCCGAAGACGCAGACGAGAUCCUGCAAUCAUACUUCAUCGGAACCUUGAAAGAUGCACAGGAACACCGUCCCAAGAACAAAACUGUUCGUGUGAUUCAGCAACCAGCCAAGUCUAUGGCGGUGGUUUCAAAGAGCCCCAAGGGUUCGCGGAGUAUACUCAAGAAGAUUGCCCUCAUUGCAACCUCGAACGUGGGCGUGGCGCUCCCUGUGUACCUCUUCUUUUCCUCCGGGGGUAAUGUCGACAUCCAUAAAUUUCUUCCAAAGAGUCUACCAGCCUGGCCUCGGUCAUUGUCGAUUGCCUCCCUACAACAAAGCACAGCAGGAGGCAAGGGAAGUUUCACAACGGGCUUCACAACAGCAACCAUCCUCAUGGGCACCCUGGCGGCCCUCGCAAUCCCAAAACUCUCCGCCCUGGUAUCCCCCGACUCCGGCUUCACCAAGUACCCACCGCAUAUGAAAUCGCGCAGAGCCCCGAAAGCCAAUCCCCAUCUUGCAAAGGGCUUCCUCAAUCCCAAGGACUACAAAUCCCUCCCGCUAGUCCGGAAGGAUGAACUCGCGCCGAACGUGUAUCGCUUUGUUUUCGAUCUCCCGAAAUCAACGGAUGUCAUUGGUCUUCCUAUCGGACAGCACGUUGCUAUCAAAGCUGUUAUCAACGGGGAGACGGUUUCGCGGUCUUACACGCCCACGUCGAAUAACACUGACCUCGGCCGUUUGGAACUAGUCAUUAAAUGCUACCCCGAUGGCCUAUUGACAGGUAAAUACCUCGCCAACCUGCAAAUCGGCGAUACAGUGCAAUUCCGCGGCCCCAAGGGCGCGAUGAAGUAUUCCCGGGGCCUAUGUAAGAAGAUCGGUAUGAUUGCCGGCGGCACUGGCAUCACGCCCAUGUACCAAUUGAUCCGUGCGAUCUGCGAGGACGAAGCGGAUGAGACGGAGGUUAGCCUUGUGUAUGCGAAUCGCGCCGAGGGCGAUAUUCUGAUGCGCAAGGAGUUGGAGGCGUUUGCGAAGGCGUAUCCGAAGAAGUUCAGGGUCUGGUACAUGCUUGAUCAGCCGGAGAAGGGGUGGAAGUAUGGAUCUGGGUAUGUUACUCCUGCUGUUAUGAAGGAGAAGUUGCCCGGGGCGGCGCCGGAUACUAGGAUCAUGCUUUGCGGGCCUCCGGGGAUGGUGAAUGCGGCUAAGAAGGGUCUUGCUGGGUUGGGUUUCCAGCCUCCGGGGGCUGUUGCGAAGAUGUCGGAUCAGAUUUUCUGUUUUUAGUUAUUGUUAGUUUUGGAUAGACUUGUAUAAUAGAGCACUUGUUACCGUUCACA